AUGUCUCUCUCUAAGCGACCCCUUUCUAUCUUUACUCCUUGCUGCAGCAGCAGCAGCAGCAGCAGCAGCAGCAGCAGCAGCAGCAGCAGAAGCAGCAGCAGCAGCAGCAGCAACAGCAGCAAACCACAGACACAAACAACAGCAACACAAACAGCAAUAAAGAUUCUCCAGCAGCACCAAAUACACCCCAACCACCACCAGCAGCAGCAGCAGCAACUGCAACAGCAGCAGCAGCAGCAACAGCAACAGCAGCAGCAGCAGCAGGAGGAUGAAUACCUUUUUUAG